AUGGCCACAUCUAAUUCAUUUCUGAUGGAUUUAUUCAGUGAUUCAUUAUUAGCAGCAGUUGCAGAAACAUCUUUUUAUGGACCAGCUCCUCCAUCAAUUAAAAACCGAGAAAAACCAAUAACUGAACUUAAACUACCGCCAGCAGUGAUUGCUUAUUAUCAACGUUCUGGUAUAUUACAUCUUUUUGCUUGGCAAGCUGAUUGUCUUGAAAAAGCAAAUUCAAGUAUAUCAACAGGCAAAACAAUCGUAUCUGAAUUACUUCUUAUCAAAUCAGUGCUUGAAACAAAACGAAAAGCUUUAUUUAUUGAAUUAUAUGUCAGUAAUGUUCAAAAAAAAAAAAAGCGAAUUAUUUUCGAAAACUUUUUUUCUUCACUUCAUUUACAUAUUGUAUCCUAUGCUGAUACAAGUGAUUCUUAUCAUUCCUAUUCUAAUAGUCAUAUAAUAAUAUGUACUAUUGAAAAAGCUAAUAGUAUAAUAAAUUAUUUUUUAUCAAAUUGUGAUGAUUUAAAUGAAAUAGGUAUUAUUAUUGUUGAUGAAUUAUAUUGGAUUGAUGAAUUAAAUCAUGGUUCUUCACUUGAAUUAUUAUUAAGUAAAAUAAUUUACUAUAAUUAUUUAAAAAUAACAACAAAUAAUUCUGUAAAAAUUAUUGAUAUGAGUGCGACAAUACCUAAUUUAAAUCAAUUAGCACAAUGGUUUGACAUUGAAGUUUAUGAAACAAUAUUUCGUCCAAUAUCACUUGAAGAAUAUAUUAAAAUUGAUAGAAUAUUAUAUAAUAAACAAUUUAUUUCUAUACGAGAACUUCAUUUAUCUGAUCGAUAG